AUGGAUCAACGAUAUCGUUAUACACCUCCGGUUAUCGAUCUAGAUAAAGUUAAAGAUGAAAAGGAGUUACUUCCUCUGAUUAAACAGAUCCUGUUCUCUCAUGAUACGUUUCUACUGCAGAAUUUCGCUAGUAUCGAUGCCGUUGUACAGCUGGUAGAUUUGAUCAAUGCGGAAACUGGAGGCUUUCCGAAUGAUGAUACCGGUUCUGUCACAUUUGGUUCUAAUUUCACUGGCACCAUCAACCGAGGCAAUCAUACUUUACAGCAAUGGAUGUCAGUAGACGGUGGGGACAGCCGUGGUAAUGGCAGUGUGUCACGUGAUUUAAUACGGCUAAAUUUGACGAUGACUAAAGUUGCACUAUAUUUCAGUGACUUAUGCCUGCAGGCACUCGGCAUUGAUAGUAACGUUACAGUAUCCCCUACGAGUUUCUCUUCCAUACUUUGUCGUCAUCAUUCGCAAUUUAGUGAACAAUUGCUCGAUAUGCAGUUUGAUUACUCUCAAACUGAAUGGAUCGACUUCGAAUCUGUUGGACUAUUGACUAUAGUACCAGAUGCGACAUGUGCUAAGGUUUACCGGAAUGAUUCCUGGCACAGUGUAGACGUAGAAAAGUGCUUGUUGAUUCAUACAGGUACGUUAUUGGCUGAUCUUUCGGCAGGUAUGCAUCAGACUUCUAAGAUGCGGUUGUCCACGAGAUCAAUUGCGUUGUCGAUUCAACCUACCCUCUCAUGUACAAUGCCUCAAGGAGGCUCUUUUGCAGAUCGUCUUUUGGAAUUCAAUCUGAAGAAAUUCCCUGAGGUGGGUGAAAAGUUUUACCCAGCGGAGACUCGAUUACUUAACUUAAAGCGAUCUGUGUCGUUUUUGAAUAAUCUAUUCGCAACUAUAGAAUCAAUGAUUAACUUGUACAAGAUCAAUCAUCCAGGUAUCGAUUACGUGGAACUGGAUUCUUUGUUACCGGGUAUCUCCAGAAUGAUCAAAGAAAAAGUGACAACGACAGAUUUCCAAAGGCUAUUAUAUAUCUGGCCUAAUGCAUAUGAAAUAGAUAUUAACUCAAAAUGUGGGAUAUCAUUUAAAUUACAGACUAGUUUGUCCUUGACAAAGUCAAGACUCUUGGAAUUUUCCGAGAAGACUGAUCAAUGGGUACAAUUGGUCCAACAGUCCCCAGAAAUCCCGGAUAAUAUUCCUCCCAUGAAACUAGGGAAGAGAAAGGCAAGUAACAAUUCCAUCACAUACUCUGUACCGUUGAAAAAUACAAAUAGACGCAAAAUUGCGCCAUUGAAAGGGUCUACGAAAUCAGCUAACCCUCUCUAUCUGGGAAACAAAGAUUCUGGUAAUACAGUGUCCGGUACGGAAAAUAUUGCAACGAGUUCGCUCUUGGAUAGAAUCAGAGAUAAAGAACGGAGAGCAGCAGCGCUGCUCUCUCAUAGACAGUCGAUGCAGGAACAUUUCAUUGCUGUGAAAAUGAAACAUAUCUUUAACAUAUGCUUCACUCUAGAACCAGAAAUCCCAUAUACAGAGGAUUACUUGACUGGCCUAGUUGUCGAUUCUUUGACGGAUACGCACAAUCCUAUCGGACGCGGCGAGUGUGUUAUUGUCCUUUCAAAAUUAAAUGAAUUACUUGGACAGGACGUUUUUCAAAUCAUCACCGUUGAAGGAGAUUUGAAAGUUUACAAAUGGAAGAAAUUAGAUAAAGCGAUGAUACAAUCUCUUUUGUAG